GGCGGUGGUGGCGGCGGCGGUGGCGGAGGUGGUGGUGGUGGCGGCGACAACAAAGAGAAACGCAGGAAGGAAUCGAUUCUGGAUCUCAGCAAAUACCUUGAGAAAACGAUCCGUGUCAAGUUUGCCGGUGGUCGCGAAGCGGCCGGCGUGCUGAAGGGCUACGAUCCACUGCUCAACCUCGUGCUGGACAACACGAUAGAGUUCUUGCGCGAUCCGGACGACUACAAGCUGGCGGACGAUACACGGCACCUUGGGCUGGUUGUGUGUCGCGGAACGUCCGUGGUGUUGAUCUGUCCGCAGGAUGGUAUGGAAUCGAUACAGAAUCCGUUCAUCACCCAGGAAGGCUAGCGGAGGCGCCACCUUGCUGUGAUUUUGCUUCAUCUUUCAGCGGAUUACCCCUUCGCUUUCAUGCAUUUUCUCGCACAUUUUGCGUAAUAUUCCCUCGGUUGUUAGGCAAAUGAUUCGUUACAGCAAGCAUUUUGGAGCUGAUUUCUUUCACGUUUUGUUACCGUUUAUGGCUUUGUUUUCUUUCUCAUCAUCCUUAUCAUUCUACUCAUUCAUUACACACCACCCAUUCAAUAGUAAAAGUUGUCACCAGGCAUCCCGGGCAACACCCGGGCAGGAACUGAUGGAACUGUGGCGUUGAACAUGCCUCUAGGUUUCUGAAUGAUCGGUUAAUCGAUCGAUUUAUUAGCUUAAAUUACUACUUGCUACUACGUGCUACGGUUCAUCUGCUGUCCAAGCUGUGACGAUCGCUGCCGAUCGUCUCGCCCUGUGAAGGUGGACAUGUUCAACCCUCACUUUCUGCGUGGUUGUUGGCCGGUGAAAUAGUUGUUAAAAAUGUAACCAAUAGAAACGGAACAAUUACAAUAACAUGAUACCGGGAAUGUUGACCGCCAGUAACAGUAACAAAUGAACGGUCUCGAACGAUCA